UUGUUGGGUGGUGGCGGGUUUAACGACAUAUUUACGAUCUACCCCAAAAAAAAGCCCCCUGUAUUAUGGAUAUAACACGAUGGAGUGAACGGAGCUAUGUCGCGCACGAGGUAGGAAGGAGCUGCCGUGACGUAGCGUCGUCGCACAUGGCGGGAUGCUACUGGAUGCUUCUAGAUGCUACCCAUGCGCCUUGGGCUUUGUCCGGCCUGCGUGCGCGUGUCGCGUGUUAUCGCGUGCUGUGCUUUACCCCCUACAUUACAUACUAUUUAUUAGAAUGCGAUUUUUCCAUAACGCGGUGUAUCUUCAGCAAUGCAACUAGUACUGAAUUAUAGUAGAACAGACUGUGUUGUAAGUGCAUUGUAAUUGCUGCUGCUGUUGUUGUCGGUUACAGGAUGCAGGCGGGAGCUCUCCUCGUUGCUUUGGGGUUGCUGGCAGCGUCGGCCUCCAAGCAGGAGAAGGUGCUGAGCCAAGAGCACUACGUGGAGGGGGAACACAACCCAGACUAUGACAGGGAGGCGCUCUUUGGAGGAGAGGAGUCGCUCGAGGAGUUUUCGAAGCUGAACCCCGAGGAGGCGGCGAGGAGGCUGCAGGCGCUCGUGUCCAAGAUCGACGCGGACGGCGAUGGGUUCCUUUCGAAAGACGAGCUGAGCCGGUGGACGAUGCAGUCGUUCCGGCGCUACGCCACCGAGGAGACGCGCGAGCGCUUCCCGGAGGUGGACCGCGACGGCGACGGCGUCGUCUCGUGGGACGAGUACCGCCAGCACGAGUACGAGAGCCUACCGGGAGGGGACGGCGGCGAGGCCGCGGCGGCCGCAGGAGGGGGAGGCGGAGAUGGCGGCGGCGGCGACGACGAGGAGGAGGAGGAGCGGAGCUCGCUGCAGUCGCUCUACGCCAGGGAGAAGAAGAAGUUUGGGAAGGCCGACUCGGACGGCGUCCAGGGUCUCAACAUCACCGAGUUCCUCGCCUUCGAGCACCCGGAGGAGUUUGACUACAUGCAGGACUCGGUGCUGGAGGAGGCUCUGCUGGAGCACGACAAGGAUGGCGACGGCUUCGUGGACCUCGCCGAAUUCCUGGGAGACUACCACCGGGACCCGACCGCAGAGAGCGACCCCGAGUGGGUGAUCACCGAGACGGACAAAUUCACCAGCGAGUUCGACAUCGACCACGACGGGAAGCUCAACCCCAGCGAGCUGCUUUCCUGGCUCAUGCCCAACAACCUGGAGGUGGCCGAGGACGAGACGGAGCACCUCCUGGAGCACAUGGACACGGACGGCGACGGGCAGCUGUCGCACGACGAGGUGGUGCAGAACAAGGAGCUCUUCCUCACCAGCGAGGUCACGGACUACGGGCGGCAGCUCGGGGAGCAGUACGCCCACCACGAGGAGCUGUGACCGUGCCCGCAUCGUCGCCACCGCCCGCCCGCCGUCACACCGCCGCUCCGCCCGCCCGCCCGCCCGAGUCUCCGGUCCCGUGACGCGGCUCCAGUCGUGUGCGCCAACCUUCCGCAGGUCUAGCAGGGCGAAGCGUUUGAUUUUGUUUUAACCGACCCUAGGUAGGACACACGGAUGCCGUCCACUCGCUUUCAGGACAGGGUUCCUGCGUUUAGACAUUUGGCCAACACCAAUGGGCACGUCGUGUGUAUGUUUAGCUAUGGGAGGUGAAAUCGGUGAACCCGGCUGGCAAUCCGUGUAGAAGACGGGGAGAACGUACAGACUCCUAAGACAAAAGAUCUCCCCGUUAUAGCCUUAACAGACUGUCGGGGCAAGUGCUGUUAGCGGGCACCUAUGAAGGCCAACACGGCACACGAUAGGGUGGAUGGCCAACACCACGCCCGGCCGCCUUUGUCUCCCCCGUGUUGAUGU